GUACAUGUGCGCGUGAAAUACGAGUAAUGCGUGACAUGCAGGCUCAUUUCGCACACACCUUUUAUUGAUUUUCCAAACAUUUUUAAGCAGCGUUUAGAAAUGUCAAACAUAAACGGAGAGGGACCGAACGCCCCGCGUCGCGCUGUUUACGACUUUGGAUUUUAUUCGGGCCGCGUUCAACGCGCAUGCGCGGAGAAAAAAAAACGCCGACACCGAGCACUCGGCGAGAUACCCCCCUCGUCUCGUGGGCCAAACAUCUUACGGGAAACGGAGUGACGCGCAGUCGAAAACGAUAUCGUCGUGCGUGCAUAUGUGCAUUCGGUCGAGUAAACAGUAAAAAUCUGCCUCGAGCGAGAGACCCUUGGAUUGUGCUCGCGCGUUCGCGGGAGCAUCGUAACUCGAGCGUAAAUUAUCGGCGCGUGUCGUGUCGUGAUUAAAAUUGCCCUACGUGCGUACGUACUUGCGUGCUGCGUGCUAACUCGAUCUGACCGUUGCCGGCUUCGUGCGGCAGCGAAACUUGGCCGAGAUCCCCGUCCGGGAUCGCGGAUCUUUCCACGGAUCGUCGUCGAUUUCCCGCGAACAAAGACUGGGCGACCGGCGAGGUAGAUCCGCGAGGUAGACCGCGUCCCGAAAGGGACGGACAGGCGAAUCUAUAAAGGAGGAGGUAGGGGAACGCUCGGCUCGGCGAGCUCGGGGCCUCGGAUUGAUCGCGCGCGCGGAAGAAAAUUAUGAGCGAGCGACGUCGCUUAGCGUGCUGCUGUCAUCGUCGUCGUCGUCGUCGUCCCCGUCCCGCGGCCGUCGCCGUCCGUUCCACGAUCGGAGAAGGCUUUUGACACGAGCGCAACGUGCGCGCGAAUCGUCGUCGUCGACGCGGACGACGCUACCGCUAGAUACUAGGCAGCGAGACGAGAAUCGUCGUCAGCGGGGCAGAAUGAACGGCUUCAGCACCGGCGAGGAGGACUCCCGGGGAGCGGCCGACCAGAUCUGUUGCCUCGUCGACGAGGGUGAGCGAUGCUCCCGCCCGGCCGGCAACGCGUCCUACAGCAAACGCAUCCAGAAAACCGUCACCCAACGGCGGCUCAAGCUUAAUCUCGAUCACAUGGCAAGACACAUAUAUAUCUGUGAUUAUCACAAGCAAGUGAUUCAAUGCGCAAGGACUAAGCAGCAGCAGCAACGUAGGCGCAAAGAUUCCGAAGAGGAUUCCGGUGAAACUGACAACGAUCUCCCAGAGGUUGAUCUCUUCCAAUUGCAAGUUGGUACUUUGAGGCGGUACAAAAGGCACUACAAAGUUCCCACACGUCCCGGUCUUAACAAAGCUCAGUUAGCAGAUACUCUCAUGAAGCAUUUUAAGACCAUCCCUGUAGUGGAAAAGGAAGCUUUAAGUUUCUUCAUAUAUACUGUUAAGACAAAUGCAAAUAAAUUGGAUCAAAAAAAUGGUUUGAGUAGUAGCGAUACAACCUAGCGUGGUCAGAAAAUUUCCCAUGUCAUUGAUAUAUUAAAAAUUAGUUAUGUGAUAAGUAUCGAUUUUUACUUGUUAAUACAUACAUGUAUUUUAUAAG